AUGGCUGAGGACCAGCGCUUUGGCAGUACCCGGUCAGCAUCUUCACCCGCUCGUCGGAGCCGCCGACCUGCGCAAUCAUGCGACCCGUGCCGCCGCCGAAAAGUACGUUGCGAUCUCAAAUCGCCAUGUUCAGCCUGUCAAGUCUCCAGAAACUCGGUGACGUGCAUAUAUCAAGGAGAUCGGCAGCAACCUAGUCUCGCCCUGGAAGACCGUGGAAGCGAGGGCAAUACUGUCCAACAACAAGUUCCUCGCUCGCUCAGCAUUGCCCCAAACAACAACAUCGAUCACCCUGCAAAGAGGCAACGAACAACGAAUGAAUCGGAGCGAAUUCGGAGAGUAGAGCGACGUGUACAGCAGCUUGAGCACUCGGUUGUACCAGAAGUCGAUCCCCCGCAGCACAGCCUCAGCAGCAGCAGCAACAAUCAUCUCACGCUGCUGGCAUUGUCUGAUCGCCUCCAACACGUCGAGCAGCGGCUUGCUGAGCUCUCCCAAGCUCGUCCUGCGCCUUCAGCUGUCACGGGCGAUAAGUCUCUAACAAUUCCAUCUGUCAUCCCUCGACUUCGUCACAACCAGAAGAAGUUCAGAGUCAGCCAUUUUGGAGACAGGGACGUUGAAUUGACCUUCGUGGAUACUAAGGCCGAGCUGGCCGAUUCGGUGAAUGAGAUACGCAACUUGCGACUCACGAUGAAAAAUGAGCAGGCACCGCAGAUGGAUGACCGCGUUUCUCAACUUCUGAGUACAAUGCCGGCUCGUUCCAUCUGUGACCGACUAGUGAAUCACUACAUGCGGACUUUCGAGUUGAUCUAUCGUUGUUUUCACAUUCCGACAUUCUGGGCAGAAUACGAACAAUACUUCAGCCAGCCGCAGCCUGUAGUUACAAACUUUGCAAUCAAAUUGGGUUUGGUGUUGGCCAUUGGAAGCGUCUUCAGCAACGACGACGACAAAGUUCUACAGCGCGCGCGGCGUACUUGGAUACAAGCUGCUCAAUACUGGAUGGUUGGACCGUCAGAGAAAACUACCAACAAUCUUGAUGGAAUUCAAAUUCUCUGUCUUCUAUUGGUUUCGCGGCAGAUAACAUUAGUCGGCCGUUCACCGUGGCUGUCGGAAAGUGGUCUACUUCGGGUGGCUAUGGCUAUGGGCCUGCACCGAGAUCCACAACUGUUUUCUCUGUCUCCUUUUCAAGCCGAGAUACGAAGGAGGCUUUGGACAACAGUCCUAGAGCUCGUAAUCCAUGGUUCCAUGGACUGUUCCAUCCCUUUGCUUCUUUCUUCAAACGACUUUGACGAUCAUAUGCCUCUUAAUGUCAGCGAUGCUGAUUUAGAUUCAGCCAGCAAACAGUCUCCAUCUCCACAACCGUUGACAAGCUAUACGGAAUCGUCGAUACAAAUUCUCAUGCGUCAGUCCCUGCCGUUACGACUUGAAGUUGUCAGGGCGGUCCAAAACGAGCGAUUAGAGCACUCAUACGAAACGGCCAUUGAGCUAGCUACGAAACUUCAGACAGUUUGCCGUACUCUUGCAAGCUAUUGUCGGUCGCAUUGGUCGCAAUUCCUAGGCAUGCAUCACGCUUUCCUUGAUAUGCAGAUUCGUCGGUAUAUUCUGGUUCUGCAUCGGCCUUUCAUGCUACAAGCGCAAAAGGAUCCCCGCUUCUAUUUUUCCCGGAGGGUUUGUCAGGAGUCUGCAAUGAUUAUCGCCACUUAUGCCGAGCGACUUCGGCUACCUGCAGACUCUCUUGACGAUCUGUCCAAGUUGAUGGUGAUGAGCACAGGGUCAUUUCGCGGACCUUUGAGCCUGGACGUAAUUUCAGUCUUGGGCUUGGAGGUUGUGUCUCAGCUGGAGGAAACGGGUUCCGGUCCGUCAUCUGCUUCGAUUGGUCUCAACCACACAUUGGUCCUUGAUCCUCUCGCUGAACUGGCGCGCGGCCAGCGAGCGCCCAUCAUUCGACUUUUGAAACACAUCAACGAACAACUACUGCAGAUCGUAAAGUUGGGCCAUCCUACCACGAAACGCUACAUCUUUCUUGCUGGCAUUCUUUCCCAGAUAUACGCCAUGGAACGCGGCCAACCCAUUUUGUCUGCUGUGCUGAACACUGCAAAAGACAGCCUGAAGGAGUGUUACGAUGUACUACAGUCCUACAGGGCCGCCAACACUCCCCGAGAAGUGUCGCAAGACGUGAUCGAUAAUGGACUUCUUGACGGCCUGGAUUUUGGCGCAAUGGACUCCAACUACCUGGACUUUUCGGCCUUUUUGGUUCCAACUAUUUGA